AUUGAAGAGCUCGUUAAAAGAAUAGUUUCGAUUUUUUAAAGGCGACGAGUUUAUUUGAAUUGUAUUUACCUCAUUACAGUCAAAAUACUACACGAAAUAUGGAGUACUAUUCCCGCAUAUUUUGACUUUAGAUUAAUACGAACCUAUGGACGUUCAACUGAAGACUGACGACCCAUCUUUACUGUUCGAAAAUAAGCAAGUGUUGUUGAGUCAAAGCUUACAGUAACAUGAGAUUAUUGCUAGCCCUGAAACUGCUUCGAUGGUCAGCACUUGUUAUUGUGCUAGUAUUUGGAAUACACCUUGUGAUCAACCGCAGAAAACCCAAACAGAAUAACAAAAACAAGUCACUAAUUGACAGCUUUGUUUUCCUUGAUAAAAUAAAAGAUAGGACAACGUUGAUUCAAAAAUACAACGCUAUAUUUGAGAAUAGUUUACUCUUAACAGAUAAWGACAAAGUUGACUUCGUUCAUUUUCGACCAAUUCAAGAUAGCAUCAAGCAGCAAACAUUUCCCAAUCCUCGAAGUCACGUGGUCACAAACAGUAGUCACGUGAUAUGGAAGUUCGUUCACGAAAAAGGAUGUGUCUUCAACAAGAGACAUGGCGUCAUAUAUCAGUAUCUAAAGGUUGUGUUUGUUUGUUAUSAGUCAGUGAAUAACAUAACUGGAUUAAAGUGUCGUAGUUGGACAUGGGACCCUGCAAACUGGACAUUAACGUUAAGCAAUAAUAAAGAAGUGGCUAAUGUUUUUGGUCAGUAUCGUGUUUGUGCCUACCCAAAACUUACAGAUAGAGUAAGUAAGGUGAUUUAUCCAARCGGUUCGGAAGAAUAUCSCGGAUGUGCAUUCAACAAAUCUCCGUGUGCUGUCGUCGAGCCUUAUUUYGAUGUGGAUUUACGCAUGCGCAUUAACUGGAGUCCUUGCUGUCGACGUAUGAUGAUWAGAAUGUUAAGUAACACGCAUGACAUCUUUGAGAAACACCGCAUUCGGUACGUGAUGACUGGCGGCGCAGUAAUUUCUGUUGGGAGGGAAAAUGGCACUCUCAUACCUUACGACACUGAUUUAGACUUGAUCGUUGAUAUAAGAGACCGAGCGAAGUUUAGUAACCAAUCAGCAGCGGACAUGGCUGAUUUGGGUUAUUAUUAUAUAUGGAACAAAAAAGGUAACUAUAUCAAGAUAUGUCAAAAUAAAGUCUGUGAUGCUCACAUUGACGUGUGGUUCUACGAACGAUAUCCAGGAGACAGACAUAUGGUGAAAUACUUCAAAAUGCGAUUCUGGUCACURCGAGAAACAAUAYUAUUUCCAACMAGCUGGCAGUACUUUGAAGGAAAGAAAUAUCGAUUUCCAAGAAAGAUUAUCAAAUACCUUGACCAUGAGUACUCCACGGGCCUGAUGGCGGGCUAUAGGAACUGGAAGACAGUCUUAUUGUGUAAUCACAAACGUGGACGCAAAUGUACAUUUUAUUCUGAUAAAAAUAAUUGACGGAAUGUUUG